CGAUCAGUGGCCCGUGGAUCGAUCGGCGCGACCCGUGGUCUGUGGUUCGAUCAGUGAUCCACGGGUCGGUCAGUGAUCUGGGGAUCGAUCAGUGCCCCGGGGAUCGAUCAGGGAUCCGCGGAUCGAUCAGCGAUCCGCGGGUCGAUCAGUGACCCGCGGACCGGUCAAAAAUUCCCGGGUCGGUCAGUGCCCCGGGGAUCGAUCAGUGGCCCGUGGGUCGCUCAGUGGCCCGUGGAUCGAUCCGGGGCCCGUGGAUCGAUCAGGGGCCUGGGGAUCGAUCAGGGGCCCGUGGAUCGAUCAGGGGCCUGGGGAUCGAUCAGGGGCCUGGGGGUCGAUCAGUGACCCGCGGAUCGAUGUCGAUCGGUGAUCCGUGGGCCGAUGUCGGUCCAUGAUCCGUGGACCCCUCCGUGAUUCCUUGAUCGAUCCGUGAGUCCUUGAUCGAUCCGCGGACCGAUCAAGGAAACGCACACUGUUUCGCGCUGCGUCACGCUUGAAAUUGAAAACAGAAAUCUCGUCCAUCCCCGAGACUCUCGGCGUCCCGCGGUGGGCGAUGGGCGUCACGCGUCACGAGCAGCUCUACGGCGUUCCGUAAGUCCCACGGGGAGCCCCCGCCCCUGGAGCAUCUGGCCGACCUCUCUCUUUGUGUUCGUGGUCAGAUCUACGGACCCCUGCCCCUCUAGUACUUCUUACCGAUUACUGCCCGAAGAGGUAAGUCAGCCAGUCAAUCAAUCUUCAAGCGACGGCCUACUUCAGUACAUUGAUUGUAGUACAUUUAGAGAGAUAAUCUAA